UUCAUCAUUGCUACUCAAGGUCCAUUAGUUGCUUUUUAUUGUAAGUUUUCUCCGUUUAUUAAACGCUCCUCUUCUAACAUGGUUUGUUCUACAUUUGAGUCCUUUUCUACCACAAACUAUAACAGAGACUGUGCUAAAAAUGGGAAUACCAAGAGGUCAUGAAAGGUCAACCAACCCCCACAUGCUGCCACUGCUAUGAUGCUGCCACUGCCAGGAUGCUGCCACUGCCACGAUGCUGCCACUCCCAUGAUGCUGUCACUCCCAUGAUGCUGCCACUCCCAGGAUGCUGCCACUGCCAGGAUGCUGCCGCGCCAUGAACGAUGCUGCCCCUGCCACGAUGCUGCCACUGCCACGAUGCUGCCCCUGCCACGAUGCUGCCCUUGCCACGAUGCUGCCACUGCCAGGAUGCUGCCUCUGCCAUGAUGCUGCCACUGCCAUGCUUUCCAGUUGGGAUGGUGUCUUUAGGCUUGAUUCCUGAGGAGGUCGAAGGUGGUGUGUUUGUGAUGACCCCCAGGGAGCAGCUGAGGAAGAUGACGGCACUGGGCGAACAGGGGACUCUGGAUGAGAAGCACUGGUACCGGCUGGUCAACGGCAUGUCAGCUGGAGAACUGAGGCAAAGACAGGAGCUGAUAAUGAGGAACCAGAUGGCCAUGGCGCCGCAGAUCCUCGCUCAGGGCCAGCAGAGGCUGCAGGGGGUCCCGGCACAGUUCGAACAUCGAUUUAUGGAGAGGGAGCUGGUUCCUCCCACAGACAUGGUAACAUCCGAGGCGAGGCAGAUGCACAUGGGGCCUCACCUGGGCCCACCUCUUCAGCCCCACGCCAACGUCCUGCCUGGCAGAACCUUCCAGGGACCAGCUGGCUACGGCUUCCUGCCCUCGGAACCAAUGGAAACGGUUGCCCGGCGACAGGAGCUCAUACACAAGCAAAACAUAGCAAGGAUGGAGAUGAAUGCCAUCCUGCACCAGAAGGAGCUGGAGAACGCUCACCAAAAAGGGCUGAUGGGGAUGGAGAAUCCUAUGUCGUACCAUUCCAACCCCAUGCUCUUCAGGGGCCGCCAGCGCAUGCCAGACGGCCACGACGUCUUCGUCCACCGUCCCUCCCUGGAUGAGCUGCACUCCAACAGCAUACUCAUGUCGGCCAGCCCCUACCCACCCAUCAGCUCACUGCACAGGGAGAGAGGUCGGAGGGCUGGGCGGAGGCCCGCCGUCCACAAGAGCACGGAGAACCAGGCGGCCAACCUGAAGGGCCAAACUGAAGACAAAAGUGUAGAGCAGAGUCCAGAGGCCACGUCUGGAGAGGAGAAAGAGCUGGAAGCGAAGGGGGACGCGGGAGAAGAGUGCGGCACGAGUAAAACACACCACCAAACGAAAACAGACUCUGAGCUGGCCACAGGAAGCAGGAAGAGCUACAAAGAGGGAGAGGCUGGGCUGCGUAAGACCUGCGCCGCGGCUCAGGACGGGUGUUCAGAUAUGACCAACGGGGCUUCGAAUGAUAAAGAAAUACCCGGUCAGUGUUCUGCUUUCCAAGAAAAAUUCAUUUACCCUUCCACCGGCGGCGCUCUCACAGGGAUGCCUUACGUCUUCCCUGUCCCAGGAAACGGCUUCCUUCCAACUGGUCCACCAAAUCUCUUUCUAAACGGCGAGGAAGUACCAGAGGACAUAAGGAAGUGGUCGGUGAACGACGUCUACAACUUCAUCAGCAGUAUCCCAACAUGUUCAGAAUACGCUCAGACGUUUAAGGACCACAUGAUUGAUGGAGAAACACUGCCGCUUCUUUCAGAGGAACACCUUCUGGACACGCUGGGGCUCAAACUAGGACCGGCUCUGAAAAUACGUUCACAGGUCUCCAGAAGAAUGGGCAACAUGAUGUAUAUGCUGAACCUGCCUCUCUCCGGCGCCGCUCUGCAGGCCGCCUCCGAAAAGCCUGGGGACCGCUCGCCAGAAAUGGGCUCCCCCGUCAACUGCAACAGCGAGGACAUGGUGGCGAGCCCGAGAGACCCAGAGGUCAUCAAAUCCACGGAGCAUCUUCACGAGGCGGAAAACAGCUCCCCUCCUUCAGCCAGCAGUGAGAUGGCCUGAUCUCUGCAGACACCAAGGACAAAUAUGAACUGAACCAGGUUCAGGCCUGAAGAGCUGUUUCUUUUGUUUACAUCAUGAGUUAGUGUUAACGAUGGUAUUUUCUGCUCAAUAUGCCCAUACAUGUACAUAGUAAAAAAAAAAAAAAAAAAAUUGCGUUAUGAAGUGAUACAAUAUUCUUCUCUUUCAAUUUUAUACAUUAUAGUUUCUGAUUGUAGGUUUGAAUUAUUUUUCUAAGCUGAUGAUUCUCUUUGUUUAUUCAGCUGAGCUAAGAACAGUAUAAAUUAUAUGCUCUGCAAAAACACCAAAUCUAUCCA